AAGCCUCCAUCCUGCUGUCUCACACCUCCAGGAUGGCUCUUAUCUGGAGGUACUUUGGCACAUCUCUCUCUUUACGCAAACACGAGCGGUUUCAUCCAGAGUGGGUAAUGGACUGAUACUAAUGCAUCUGAACGCAAACGUACGUGUGUGUGUGUGGGCUGCCGAGAUGGGACGGCCCACCUGGACCGACUAUAUAAGACCCAGACGAUUGAGAAGAGGCCACGAAACCAACAGGAGAAGAGCAAAGAGAAGAUCCAAACACACUCAACUCUUCCAUCAAUUGAACGUGUGUCUUCAGAACUGAAAGAAGCUGUCAAAAUGAAAGGCGUCCAAUAUCUCGCUGGUCUUCUUCUGCUCCUCUUUGUUCAACACAGCAUCUGUGUCCCACUGCAAGAUGACAGCACAAGCACAGAGACAGUGGAAAGUCUUCUGGCGAGGGGUAAGGGAUUCACGACCGCAAAGAGACAUUCUGAGGGAACUUUCUCCAAUGACUACAGCAAAUACCUGGAGACCAGGAGAGCGCAAGACUUUGUUCAGUGGCUCAUGAACUCAGAGAAAAACGGGUAUUCUUACGGCGGCUACGUCACUUCGAUGGUUCUGGGAGCUGGAAGUGGAGUUUUUAAAUGCGGAAUGGCCGUCGCUCCGGUGUCAAAAUGGGACUAUUAUGACUCUAUUUACACUGAGAGGUACAUGCUGACGCCAGCGGAGAACCAGGCCUUUUAUGGUAAUUCCACAGUGAUGGAAAGAGCCAAGAACUUUAAAUCAGUCCAGUACCUCCUGGUGCACGGCACCGCUGACGAUAAUGUUCACUUCCAACAAGCUGCUCAGAUCUCUAAAGCACUCGUGGAUGAACAAGUGGACUUUGAUGCAAUGUGGUACACUGAUGAAGACCACGGUCUCGGUGGAUCGUCUAAUCAGCACGUCUACACUCAUAUGAGUCACUUUCUGAAAAACUGCUUUGCUUGAACUUGUGAAACUUUCCACUGGACCAAAUAAGCCCAGGACCCACAGCACUGAAUCCACGUUACUUCCAGACCACUUGACGCACUCAAACGCGUCAGUCGUGUGUGAUUCCCCAUCAGCUGCCACUGAAUCCACAAGAAACCCUUUAGCUACUGUACUGUGCUGCAAUAACGGACUCGUUUUAGUCACGUUUAUCAGUUUCAAAUGUACAGUCUGAACAACUGAGUCAUGAAUAUUUAGGACACCGAAAAAACAUCGAAAUACUUACUGGAUAAACACAAAGCUUGAUGAGCUAGCUAAAGAAAAAUGAGAGUAAUCUUUGUUUCCAAAAAAAAAAAAAUGUAUUUGAAUUAAAUAC